AAUGUCGUUUGUGACAGCUGAUAGGUCUUCUUUGGAGACAAAUCUGGUUAAAUUAAUCGAAGAUCAGCUCGACACUUAUUUGCUCUCUUUCGAGCGAAUUGAUGGAUUAUUUAUCCUCGCCGACAGAAGCAAACGACUGCGAACAAUAACGUUCCACGUUGAAAAAGAUUACAGCGAGCGAUCAACCUCAAAACAAGCCGAUAAUUUUAUGAAAUUACCAAAACAGUAUUUAACUCAUGUCAAAGAUGCCUUAGUCGAUAGAAUCGACACGUUUUUUGCGUGUCUAUUGAAUGAUCCCAGCUCAAGGAUAUAUUUGACUUCAUACAUGUAUAUUCGCUUAAACAACUGUUCAUCGGAAUCCAGUAGUAGCGAAAACUGGAUGGAUCUUUUAAUAAGAGAAGAUAACAGAAAUAUUGAGAAAAUAAGCCUGCCUAAACCGGAUAACUACGAGAACAAACUUGAAAAUUCAAGCACUACUCAAGUUGAAGAUGAAAAUGUCACGAAAGAAGACGAUAGUUACGAUGAUAUAAUAGUUUUAGAGGGGCCACCUAAAAAAACUGAAAUGAUUUAUAUCUGCGAUGAAGAGAAUCAUCAUACGAAUGUUUAUAAUUCAUCAAUUGAAAAUGAAUUUUAA